AUGCGUGUCGCCGUGAUCGGAGCUGGGGUGAUAGGACUGUCCACAGCCCUUUGCAUCCAUGACCGCUGGCGUUCUGCUGACCGGCCGCUGCAGGUGGAGAUCUACGCGGAUGAAUUCAGCCCCGGCACAACCAGCGAUGGGGCCGCCGGCCUUUGGCAGCCCUACCUGUAUGACAAAGGAAACACUCAAGAAACGAUCUGGAACAAAGAGACUUUCGACUAUCUGCUCCAACAGGUUAAUUCACCAGAAGCCAAGGAGAUGGGGCUCUUUCUGCUCUCUGGAUACAACCUCUUCCGACAACCGGUUGCCGAGCCAUCAUGGAAACAUAUUGUCUUGGGAUUUAGGAAAUUGUCCCAGAAGGAGCUGGAGCUGUUCCCCGGCUACAGCUAUGGCUGGUUCAACACGGCCCUGAUCUUGGAAGGCAAAAGCUAUCUCGCCUGGCUUACAGACCAGUUGACCUCAAGGAGGGUCCAGUUCUUCCAUCGGAAAAUCAGGUCCUUCCAGGAGCUGGCAGCUGAAGGAGUGGACGUGGUUGUCAACUGUACCGGGAUCCGUGCCGGAGAGCUACAGAGUGACCCUGAGCUGCGUCCAGGCCGAGGACAGGUUAUCAAGGUUGAUGCCCCCUGGGUGAAGCACUUCAUCCUCACCCAUGACCUCGAAGCUGGCAUCUACAAGGAGCCCUACAUCAUCCCUGGGAGCCGUGUAGUGACCUUGGGGGGCAUAUUUCAGCUGGGGAACUGGAGUACAAAGAACAAUCCCGAGGACCAUAGAAACAUCUGGGAAGGAUGCUGCAAGUUGUUGCCCAGCCUCCAGAAAGCCAAGAUAGUCGAAGAAUGGAGUGGUUUACGCCCAUCGCGCACUAAAGUCCGGCUGGAACACGAGACCAUUCGCCAUGGGACGCUCCGAUGCGAGGUGAUUCACAAUUACGGUCACGGAGGUUUUGGGCUCACCAUUCACUGGGGGUGUGCCAUGGAAGCAGCCAAACUCUUUGGGAAGAUCCUAGAAGGCCAGAAGUUGACCAAGCCACCUCGGGCCAACCUUUGAACAAGGGCAAAGGUGUAGGACACCCGUCUGUGUCGAUCUAUUUUUCUUCUUUCCAUCUCACAAGGGGGAACUAAUCUUGCCGAAUUUGGAAGUCCAGUUCCUUAAGACUAUUUAUAACUGAGGCCCUCACUUUGAAUGUCUACACAGGGUAAAUAAGACUUUACUCUGGGGUUAGUAAGGCGUCCCAAGGUUUGUGGAGCUGUUCCAUUUUUCUUUUAUCUUGAUUUGGGUUUUUGGUACAAAAAACACCCUCGUGGAUGUUGGGUUUUAUUCAUAGGGAGGAGAUGAACAAAUGUGUUCAAGUAGAGGGCAAACAACCAUCUGAAAUAGUUAUUUUUGGAUUUUUUCUCAAGGCAGGAGGCUGCCCCUCCCCUUCCACUCUGUGGGUUCAUUCAACUUUCUCUUACGCUUUUUCUUCUCAAAUAACAACUACAUCUGCUUCCCGAUCCAUGUUCUCUUUGCUUCUGGUUUCUAGUGGAGUUGUCCUCUAUUAAAACUUA